UUUUGGAGGGUGGGAGCUGGCGGUUAAAGCGUUCGGCGAGAUUACCCGACGCUUAAAAGAAAGGAUGUCUGCAGUGAAGAAAUCAGCAACUCCAUCUAACAGGCUGCCUCCAAAAUCAGCCAGGAGUGCAAAUGCCACACCAUUUAAAGGAAAGGAAAAUGGCCAUGACCGAAGUGCUUUUACCACUCCCAAGGUCAAGAUCACCAAGAGGAGCAGCCUGCGGACGCCGCUGUCGACUGACCGGCGGCCGUCCGGGGGCGGCGGCGGCACGCCGGCCACGCCCGUCCGCCAGUGCCGCUCCUCCGGCGCUGACCCUCUUGCAGCCCUCUUCGUCGACCAGACCGUCACGGUGAAGGUCGGCGUGCGCGUCCGGCCGCUCAGCGAGAGGGAGCGCGCCGACCCGGAGCUGAGCCGCAUCGUCACUGGCGACGCCACGUGCGUGCUGCUCGACACCGAGCAGCACCCGUCACAGGCCUUCUACUACGACCACGUGUUUUGGUCGGUGGACCCGGCCGACCCGCUCUACCACGACCAGAGACAGGUUUACGAAAGCGUGGCAGCACCCCUGUUGAAGAGCACAUUCGAGGGUUAUAAUGUGUGCCUUCUAGCAUAUGGACAGACUGGUAGUGGCAAAACGUACAGCAUGAUGGGUAAGCUGGGCUCGGACGACGACGGCGCGGGCGAGCUCGGCGACCUGGCUGGGGUCAUCCCUCGCUUCUGCGUGGACCUUUUCCAACAGACGGCCGACAGCUCCGAGUUUCGCACCACUGUGCAGGUCAGCUACUACGAGAUCUACCAGGAGCGGAUCCGCGACCUUCUGGCCGACUGGGACGGCCGGCGGGCGGCGCUGCGCGUGCGCGAACACCCCACCCUGGGGCCGCACGUGGUCGGCCUCACCAACCUCGAGGUCGACGGUUGGCCGCUGAUGAGGAGUUUGAUGGAUCAGGGCAAUCGUCUGAGAGCGACCGCCUCCACGGGCAUGAACAACAAGAGCUCGCGCUCCCACUCGGUGAUGACGCUCACCGUGACCCGCACUCAGACGGAGACGGUGGACGGCGAACAGCUGGAGAGCCAGCAGACGGCACAGGUCAACCUGGUGGACCUGGCGGGCAGCGAGCGGGUCGCCCAGGCGCACACCACCGGCGUGCGGCUGAAGGAGGGUGUCAUCAUCAACAAGUCUCUGCUGACGCUAGGCAAGGUGAUCAUGGCGCUGGUGGACGGCGGCCGGGUGCAUAUCCCCUACCGCGAGUCCACACUCACCUGGCUGUUAAAGGAGAGCCUGGGCGGCAACUCCCGCACGGCCAUGCUGGCCACCAUCAGCCCAUGCUCGGCGCACGCGGAGGAGACGCUCUCCACACUGCGCUACGCCUGCAAGACCAACCAGAUCGUCAACAGCGUGCACGUGAACGAGGAUCCGCGCGCGCGCAUCAUACGGGAACUGCGAGCCGAGCUGGACCGCCUGCGGCAGGAGCAGACGCUGGUGGCGACGCCCGGCGGCGGCGACGGGAAGCCGGCGGACGCAGUGGACUCGCCGUCGGCCGUCCGACAUCGGCUGGCCAUCGCCCAGCUGAAGCGCAAGCUGCAACAGAAGGAGAUCAUGCUGCACACCCAGAACAACGAGCUGGAGGAGGCCAAACGGUGA